AUGGCGGCCAUCGUAGACGAAGUGUCAACUAAUCCGUCUGUAUUUGGCGUCCAAAUUCAAGUGGUAAGUGCAUGCACAUACGCCAGUAUGUAACUACAUAUAUUAUAGAGUGUCGCUUUGCUUUCUUCAUCGUAUUUGUAUCUUGUUUAAGGCAGUAAAAAUGUCUAAAAAUGACUUUUUAAAGGGCGGUCAGAGUAAUCAACAACUUCGUAUAUUACGUGUGGUCGUAUUACAAGCGACGAAUUUGGCGAAGAAGGACGUUUUUGGAUUGAGGUAGGGCCGUGUUGUGGUUGCUAUGUUGCUGUGUUUAUUGUCGAUGUCAAAAAUUCGUCUUGUUUUUGUCCGAGACAUCACAUCAGCUUCCAUAUUUUUUUACAAAUAUUCCAAUCGUAUACUAGUACUAUUAGUCUAUUAGACGAUUGCACGAUCUAUAAAGCAUGAUAUAUAGAAAUUAAAAAUAAAUACCCUAUACCGCAGACUACGCUAUUAUAUGAAUAACAUAUCGGUUGGUUGAAUGUAUUAAUGAGUUUAUGAAGCCAAAAAAUCUAAGGAAUUUUCAACACUACCUAAUCAUCCAUUUGGAGUGUUAUAAUGUGCUCAAAAGUACAGCAAAACCUCAAUUUUUAACCUAAUGUUUCAUCUGAUAUUUCAAAAGUAGUUUUUGAAAAGGCAACAUAUAUGAAAAUGAAAUAGCGACAUUUAGUGAUCGUCUGAUUGACGGACAAUCGCCAUCUUUUGCCUUAUCGGUAGACAAUUGGAAUCGGUAGAAUUAUCUGUACUUCCGAUUGUCUAAAACCGAUUGUUGAGAAAAUGCGCACUGUAAACAUUAUAUGCAUUGCACGUUGCGUUUUAACGCAAUAUGUUAAUUAAAUAAAUGUGUGAAUUAGCAAGUCAUUUAUUAACAGUUUUAACGAUCUUUGGUUGCAGCUUGGAUAAUAAAAUAAAUGGAUAGGAAACUAGCUGACAUGACCUAAUGUUUUCAGUGGGCUGAUGGCGUGAUUGGAUGUUGAAACCUAGUUGCAAACCAAAUUCUCAAAAACGGCAUGUUUAGCAAUAAUACAGCUAAACAUUUUAGUCAAAGAGCAAAUGAAUAUAACUACGCCAUUCCACGAUGAAAUCUCUAAGUAUUCCCAGUCAAUUUUAGCAACUAUUUCAAGCACUAAACAGUGAAAAAGGCAUCCCAAAUUUCGUUAAAAUUGGGGACGCCAAUUUCGUAGCUACAAAUGUAAAAAAAUACAAAACAAAGACGAAAAACAUUUACCUCGAAUACUUUGUCGUGGCUUAGGCAUGUUUUUAAAACAAUUAGACCCGUUUAUGCUUCAAUAUUGCUCUUUUAAGGCGGAAAAUAUAGCGAAACAACAAAAAUGCAGAGAACUUUGGAAUACGCGUGACGUCACAGAUUGCAACUAGGUUGUUUUUGCUUACGUCAGCAAGAGUCCUAUCCAUUUAUUUUAUUAUCCAUGGUUGCAGUAACAUGUUACGUUGGGAAUUAUCGUUAAAAAAUUGUCAUGGAAGACAUCACCUUCACUCGGUCGACUGAUAUUAUGACAUCAUUGUAAAAUCGGUAUCAGGUAGAUUGUGGCAUGAAUAAUCGGUAAUCGGUAACUUCCGAUUGUUGCGCAAUCGGUCAAUCACUAUGAAAUAACAACAUUACAUAAAAAACCCAAUUUAGUUCUAAUGGUGACAUGGCAAAGGUGGAAAGCUCUCUUCAAAUUAGACUUUAGUUUACUGUCCGGUAGGCCUUGAAUUUCCCUAAAAUCAAUCAACGACAAUGGCGUUAAAAAUUGCCGUAGAACGUAACAGCUGUCUACCGCAAUUUUGGCAGUUUCCAUGGCAUUUUUUCAAAUUACUGUAAUAAAAAUUUAAUUUUAUUGUUAUUUAUUUGGAUAUUUGCUGACAAGCUAGAAACAUGUUUACAUAUUUCUUUAGUGUUUUUUUUUCUUCAAAGAAAAUCCAGACUAAAAUAGUAGUAGUUUACGCUUCACCUUGAUUUGAUCAGCAUCUGAAUUCAAGUAUCAAAAUAGUAAUGCACAGUGAAUAGUACAAAAAUUGCCGUUGUUGCCGCAAUGAUCCACGACAUUCUGUUCUCCCUCAACAGCAAUGGCCGCGAUAAAGUUCAAGCCCUGCCGUCCGGCCCUCACGUAGUCCAUUAUCCAUUAUGGUGUCUGAACCCAUUAUUUCAUGAAAUAGAUGCACUUUUCAAAUAUCUAUUCAACCAUGUUUUUAUGCAGAAAUGAAAGCCAGGAUAUUACCCUUGGUUAUCAUUUCUGUGUCUAGCUCAGCGGUUACUGUCGUAAAAGUGAACAAAAACAACAGUGCAUGCUCUUUCAUAAAAGUUUCAACAAUUUUAUUUCAAUUUUUACUUAGUAUUUAUGAAUAUGUAUUUCUUGAAUGAUAGAUUAUUAAUUAAAAAACUGUGGAUUUUCAUUAUUCUUACUCGUAAACUAAGGUCAAAUAAUGAAGACAACUUAGCAAUAACAGACAAAUUAUGCGGCCAGUUCCAGGAGAUGUGGGCGGAUGACAGGAAGAUUAAGUUUAAUUUGAAGUGGCCAAAACAAUGAUAAAAUUCCAAAAGCGACAUAGCAGUAUUCUCAAGCGCAACAUUAACUGUUUUGAAAAUCAGACAAGCGACAUAUUACCGUUUGCAUUCAGGCGUUACCCCAUGCUGUGAUAAAAAGUUAUUUCUGAGUUUUGCAACCAAAUUUGUCAUUGGGCAACUUACGUUUCACAUGUCAGAAUAGUUUUGACAUUGGGGGUGUAACUUUGCAUAUUCUCGAUAUGCGAAAAAUCGAGCAUCAACAUUUUUGAAAUAUCGAAUCUUCAGCCUAAUAAAUAAUCAGCCUAAAAAAUGUCGAAUCUUCAGCCUAAUAUUUAGUGUGAAUAUACCACAAGGAAAAUUUGGGUUCAAAAAUAUUAAUUCAUUAAUAGGCAAUUCCAGCUACAGACUAACUUUUGAUCUAGGCAAGAAGAACAAAAUCCAUCACCACAGCUAGAAAGAGCAUGUUAAAAUUAGUAAAAUUACGAAGUUUGGCCAUGAAAUGUUGUAAAAUGCGGAAAAUAUAGCCCUGCGAAAUUUGCAAAUUUUGUAUUAAUUUGUAUUAUGCACGGGAAUUUGCACUACUUUUGGUGAUAAUACAAAAUUUGAAAGUUUCGCAGGGCUAUAUUUUCCGCAUUGUAGAACAUUUUGCGGCCAAACUUUGCAAUUUUACUAAUUUUAACAUGCUCUUUCUAGCUGUGGAUUUUGUUCUUUUUGCCUAGACCAAAAUUUAGUCUAUAGCUAGAAUAAUCCAUUGUCUCUUCUCUUCCUUUAGUGACCCGUAUUGCAAAAUUGUUCUCAAGAAUGAAAGUGACGCGGUUAUUGAUAAUGUCAAAACGAACACAAUAAAAAAGGUACAUCACAAGAAGGAUCUAGAAUGCAAGCUGAUUGAAUUUCUAACCACAAUAAUACAGUGUGAGCUUUGGUUCACAAAAUGCUAGGGAGCGCCUGUUGUUAUAAAGAUAGAGCAAAUAAAUUAAAAAGGCCUGUUUAUACUAAUAUCCAGAGGGGCAAAUUGGGCCGAAAAUGGUAGCAAUUUUCGCACGCAAUACAAAAGUAUACAAAAUUUGCAAACUUCGCAAGGCUAUAUUUUCCGCAUUUCACAACAUUUCGCAACCAAACUUUGCAAUUUUACUGAUUUUAGUAUGCUCUUUCUAGCUGUGGUGAUUUAUUUGCAUCUCCUUGCCUAGUUUUAAAAUUAGUCUAUAAUGGCAGGUUUUUUUUCAGGAUUUUCUCUUGGGCCCGUUUUUGCAGAGAAGAUUGAGUUUAGCUGAACAGCUGGGGGCCCCCCCGGUAGGGUGGCUGACACUUGCACUCAAUAAAUGUAGUUGAGACGGAAUGUGUUAAAGCAGGGGCACUGAGGGACACUACGUGAGAUGCGAGAUGAAUUCCAUCCAUUUUUUCUUAAUUGUCGGGUUUCCAACUGAAAACUAAUUUCCACACGUCGCGAAUUUAACUCAGACAACUUCAUUUUUACUGCACUGAAACUUUGGUGAGAAGAUUGAGUUUCAAAACUCAAUUCAAGAUUGAGUUUUUGGGGCCGUUUAACGGCCCUAAAAAAUCCCUGAAAAAACCCCUGAAAAAACCCCUGAAUGGGAAUUGUCUAUUCGGCUUAGCUCUCAACUGCAAGUAAGGAUAAUUAACACACACCCCACAUACUUAUAUUACCUAAGCCUCGCUUGCAUAUGAUCGUUACGAUCGCUGUAAUCAUAUAUUACGAUCGCUAUAAAAAUUUACCAGUGACCUAACGAUCACGAUCGUUCGUUCAUUUCCAUAUGAAUGCUUCACGUUUUGCGCGCAUAUGAUGUGAGAGAGCUGGGGAAAAGUUUAUGGCGCGAAAGUUUGAAAAUGGCAGCAAUAAACUAGCGAUUGGUAUUGGAAGCUUGGUUCCUCAACAUAUUGGGAAUUUUUGGACGACGACAACAGAAGAAGCAGAAAUUACGGAGAAUUUUCCUUUCCAUAUGUUCGCUGGGAUCGUUACGAUUGCUGAGAUAGAAAUUUUUCUAUCUCAGCGAUCACGAUCGUUAUACUCGACUAGAAUGGACGUAUUACCUAAUGAACAAAAUUUUGAUCUAGACAAGUCUGUAGAGAAAUUUCACCACAGCUUGAAAGAGCAUCACAAAAUUAGUAAUAUUCCGAAGUUUCGUUGCGAAAUGUUGUAAAAUGCAGAUAAUAUAGCACUGCGAAGUUUGCCGUUUUUCAGUCAUUUUGUAUUACGCACGGGAAAUUGAUACAUUUUUUCAGAAAGUGGUAUCAUUUUCCCAUGCGUAAUUACAAAAUUCUGUUCAUUAGGUAAUACGUCCAUUGAUUUCCAUAUAGUCACUACAAUCGCUGGUACAUUUUUUCAGCAAUCGUAAUGAUUGAAGCGAUCGUAACGAUCAUAUGGGAACUGGACUUAACUCUAGCAUUUCAUGAACCAAAACACAGUUUCUCAAUUAAACAUUGUACAUUAUUUUAGACUCUAAAUCCAGAAUGGAAUCAGCAAUUUGAUUUUAGGGUAAGUAAUUGAUCCUUUACGAUUUGGUUUCACUGUUUGCCCGAUCUACAGGGUACUAAAGGGUUGGGUAAUAGAAAUUUAUUGUCAUUUCCAAAGCAUGACUCACUCAAAUAUUGAAGAGUAAAAAGCAAUGUAACAUUCGUAUGUCAAUACAAUGUUCGUAUGAUCUACCCAGCUGGUAAUUUUCAAUAUAAAAGUUUUUGUUCUUACCAUAUAUUUACUAUACAGGUUGAUCAGGGAAGCCAAAAGCUUUUAUUUGAAGUUUUUGAUGAGAAUAGACUGGUAAGAUAUUAUCGCUAAUAAGCAGUGUUUCAUGUUUUGCCCGAAAAAAUUGUUUUGCUUUGUUUAUUCUUGUUUUGAUUCUUUAUUAUAGGCCGUGGGCUGUUGUGCAAAAAAGUGCCUAGAAAAGCAAUUUCAUGGCACCCCCCUGGGAAAUAUAUUUUCUGUGGUUCAAUUCAUAUAGAACCAUAGACGCUUAAUUACCACAAAAAGUUCCCAAGCAAAAGACUUGCCCAACACCGAGAAAAUUGGGUGAUCAGUGAUUAUCCUCUAUUAAACUGUAUUACAGCAAGAAAAUGUGAAAUUUUGUAUUCAAUUAGAACAAAAAUGACUUGCGUCAUCAGAAAGCUUACAAAAACCUGCAUGUAAGACAUUUAAACAGUUUUUUUAUAUCUAAAUUUGUUUUCGAGUUAUACGCUGUCAAAAACGCGUUUUUGACCUAGUGCCCAGUCCUUAUUGCGACAUUUUGGUACAAUUUUCACAUUUAAAAUAGCAAUAACUCAAAGACUAUUUGAAAAAUCAAAAAACUGUUUAAAAGUCUUAUAUGCGGUUUUUUGUACGUUUUCCGAUGAUGCAAGUGAUUUUUAUUGUAAUUGAAUUAUAAAAUUUCCCACUUUUUGCUGUAAUACAAUUCAAUAGAGGAUAAUCAUUGAUCACCCAUUUUCUCGGUAUUGGGCAACUUUUUGCUUGGGAACUUUUUUUGGUAGUGAUGUACCUAUAUGCCUUUCAAAUAACCCCCCAGACCAAGUAUUUCCCACAUGGGUGCCACGAAGCGAAAUAAUUUUUGGCCAACAGCCCACGGCCUAUUAGUAAGUCAGCUGAAAUCUUCGUGAUUAACGCCUGUAUUCUAAAAGCACACUCACACUCAAUGCAUUAGUGGUGGUUCAAUCUGAGUUUCUCUUCAGUGUCACUGCUGUUUUUGAAUAGCUGGAGGGUUGGUGUCCUUCCUUACAAUGUGACUACUAACCCUCCAGCUAUUCAAAAACAGCAUUGACACUCAAGGGAAGCUCAGAUUGAACCUCCACUCAUUGAGUGUGAGUGAGCUUUUAGAAUACAGGUGUAAGUCUUCAAAUGACUUUGUUACAAGAUUAGAUUGUUGAUUAAUCAAUGGACGACUUGCGCUUUAGAAAAAAAUUUAAUCUGGGAAUAACAAAGGAUAUCUUCGGAAAGAAGUUAUCAAAAUUAGAAAAACGGCAAAGUUUGGUUGCGAAAUGUUGUAAAAUACGGAAAAUAUAGCCCUGCGAAGUUGGCAAAUUUGUACACAUUUCUAUUACGUGCGGAAAUUGGUAACUAAUUUAGUUACCAAUUCACGCACGUAAUACAAAAGUAUACAAAUUUGCCAACUUUGAAGGGCUAUAUUUUCCGUAUUUUACAACAUUUCGCAACCAAACUUUGUAAUAUUACUAAUUCCAAGACGCUCUUUCUAGCUGUGGUGAUAUAUUUCGUUGUUCUUACUUAAAUUGAAAUUUAGUCUAAAGCGCACGACGUCCAUUGUUUCUGCAAUCAUUUGCUUCAAAUUUUGUUAAUAUGUGAGGACAAAACAAAACUAUAGAUCGGAUGGCAAGUGAAUUUUAUUCCAGGCAACUAAUUAUGUUUUCAUAUCUAAUCGCAAGUGAUACAAAUAGUUACAGUAAGUUAUACACCACUGUUUUAUAUGGAUUGAAAACAGUACUCAAUAUCACAUUAAAAUCUACAUAUAGUUUGUUCGAUCUGUACACUACCACAAUACAAUUUUUCUUAUGUUUUAGACAAGAGAUGAUUUUCUUGGAAAAGUCGAUAUGCCACUUACUAAUAUUCCAGUAUGUUGUCAUUUUCAUAUCUGUGUGUGUGUGUGUGUGUGUGUGUGUGUGUGUGUGUGUGUUUGUCUGUGAAGCGAAGCAAGUAUUGAAUUCAUUAUUUAUUUUUAGACAAGACAGGAGAACAUGGAUAUCAUUCCUAAAGAAUAUAACCUAACCCGUAGAAGGUAGGUUGAAGCCCAUCGACUCGUUGUAACCAGAUUCCCGGCCGUGGUCCAGUCGAAUUUUCUGCGAGUGUUCGGUAUCAUAUGGAUAGAGCAGAAAUUGUAAUUUUACCUCAAAAAGUUGCCACAACAGCCUAUUUCAUCCAAGAGGAAUCAUUAGAGUUCAAAGUUAGAACUCUAAUCAGUUUUCCUUCUUGUUUGAUUGGGACAUUUAUCUUGAAAACGGAUGAUAAAUUAAGCGCAUGGUACAUUUUGAUAUUUCAGCGAGCGUUCCCGAGUGAAAGGAUCAUUGAAGUUAGUUUUAUAUUUUGAUGAUGGAAAUG